CAUUCAUAGUAGUACACUGUUUUUUGUUGUGGUUUGUUUAGUGCUAAGAUUGAAACGGAGUGAGUCGCACGGCUCGUCGUGAUAACAAUAUUUACUUUUUGUUUCAAUAUUGUAUCAUUUUAUAAUCUUAUAUGUGUUUUAUAACUGUUUCGGGUAGUGCAUCAAAAAUUUAAUUGUUUGGAAGUUGUCUGUUAUUUACUUGACGUGAUCUGAGGAACAAAGUCUGGAGAAUGUUGUCGAAGAAUUACAUAAAAAGAUCUUUAAUAAGAUGGGUUCAAAGUUCGAAGUUGAUUCGUAAGCAAAGCGUUUGGAGUGCUGAUAAUGUGAUAAGUUCUCCGUAUAAAGACGUGGAAAUACCUAACAGUACGCUGUACGAAUAUGUAUGGAAGAACUUGGAGAGAUGGCCCGAGAGGACUAUGGCGGUCUGCGCCACCACAGGCCGUGGGUACACAUACGAGCAAGGUUUCAAGCUUUCCAACACGUUCGCAGCAAACCUUAGAAGAAAGUUCCAAGUCCGCGAUGGAGACGUCGUUGCUGUGAUGCUACCAAACGUCCCAGAUUAUCCCCUUGUGACUAUGGGAAUAUUAGAAGCUGGAGGCAUUAUAACAUCUAUAAACCCGAUUUAUACAGCGCAUGAAGUCCAAAGGCAACUUGUAUUAUCCGAAGCCAAAAUCGUGGUUACAUUGCCGGAGACAGUGGCCAUUAUAAAGGAGGCUUGUAAGAUGGCCAAAAUAGAUCUUCCAAUCAUAACCAUAAAAACAAAUGGAGAGGUGACACCGGAAGGAACAGUACUCUUCAACGAUUUGACGGAAGACGUACACGUGGACAAAUCCUGUUUGAGGGAGGUCAGGAGGAGUGCAAGCGACGUCUGCUUCCUCCCGUACUCGAGUGGAACAACCGGCCUUCCAAAAGGCGUCGAACUUACUCACAGGAAUUUGAUUGCAAAUUGUGAACAGGUUAAUGAACCGUUGAUCGCGUGCCAUAACGAGACUACUGAAACCCAUCAGGACAAGGUGCUGGUCGUUCUACCUCUGUUCCACAUCUACUCGGCAUCAGUGCUGAUGUUCCACAAGAUGGCCCAAGGAGCGAAAUUAGUGACCGUCAAGAAGUUCACUCCUGAAGACUACUUCAAAGCAAUCGAAGGCUACAAAACUAAUCUGUUGUUUGUUGCUCCUCCAUUAAUGUUUUUGAUGGCAUCGCACCCGGCGGCCACGGAGAAGUCUCUUCGGUACAUCGAGGUGUUGGUGUCCGGCGCCGCGCCUCUCUCCGCCUCCGACACUCACAGAUUCUUUGAGAAAGCUAACAAAAAAAUUGAUUUCCGUCAAGGGUACGGGUUGACGGAAACAUCACCUACGAUCUCAUUGACUCCUAAAGGCUGCUCGAAGAACUACGAUGCGACUGGACCUCCCAUACCCAGCACUCGGCUCAGGAUCGUCGACAACGACCUCAAUAAUAUCGGACCUAAUCAGACUGGCGAGAUCCUGGUGCACGGCCCGCAAGUGAUGCGAGGAUACAAGAACAACCCGCGAGCCAACGAGGAGGUGUUCACCGCGGACGGCUGGUUCAGGACCGGAGACCUGGGACACGUGGACGAGGAGGGAACGCUGACCAUCGCUGAUCGACUCAAGGAACUUAUCAAGGUCAAAGGAUUCCAAGUGCCACCAGCCGAGUUGGAGGCCGUCCUUCGUUCUCAUCCGUCCGUCAACGACGCUGCGGUCAUAGGCGUCCCGCAUCCAACCAAAGGGGAGACCCCGAAAGCAUUUAUAUCCCUAAAACCAGGGUUCAACGAUAACUCUGAAGAACUGAAAGACUACGUCCGAGAGCGGGUAGCGGCUUACAAGAGAAUAGAAGACUUUAAGUUUGUAGAUAGCAUCCCUAAAAGUCCUUCGGGGAAGAUACUGAGGAAGGUUCUGAAGGAGCAAUAUUGCUGCUAG